CCGAGCGGUGCUGGCACUCGGCGGCCGUCCGUGCGUCCGUCCUCCAGCCGCGUUCUGCCGCGUCCCGCCGCCCGCACCUGCCGCCCAGCGCGCCCCGGCCCGGCCCCAGCAUGACGGACCAGGCGGCCUUCGACACGAAUAUCGUCACCCUGACCCGCUUCGUCAUGGAGGAGGGCAGGAAGGCCCGUGGCACGGGCGAGAUGACCCAGCUGCUCAACUCGCUCUGCACCGCGGUCAAAGCCAUCUCCACGGCCGUGCGCAAGGCGGGCAUCGCACACCUCUAUGGCAUUGCUGGCUCUACCAAUGUGACGGGUGACCAAGUGAAGAAGCUGGAUGUCCUCUCCAAUGACCUGGUUAUCAAUGUGCUAAAGUCCUCUUUUGCCACUUGUGUUCUUGUGACGGAAGAAGAUAAAAACGCCAUAAUAGUAGAACCUGAGAAAAGGGGUAAAUAUGUGGUCUGUUUUGAUCCCCUUGACGGCUCUUCCAACAUCGACUGCCUUGUGUCCAUUGGAACCAUUUUUGGCAUCUACAGAAAGAAUUCGACUGAUGAGCCAUCUGAGAAGGAUGCCCUGCAGCCAGGCCGGAACCUGGUGGCCGCUGGCUACGCGCUCUACGGCAGUGCCACCAUGCUGGUCCUGGCCAUGGUGAACGGGGUCAACUGCUUCAUGCUGGACCCGGCCAUUGGAGAGUUCAUCUUGGUGGACAGGGAUGUGAAGAUCAAGAAGAAAGGGAGCAUCUACAGCCUGAAUGAGGGCUACGCCAAGGACUUCGAGCCCGCCGUCACCGAGUACGUCCAGAGGAAGAAGUUCCCCCCAGACAACUCAGCCCCCUAUGGGGCCAGGUACGUGGGCUCCAUGGUGGCCGAUGUGCACCGCACCCUGGUCUACGGAGGGAUCUUCCUGUACCCCGCCAACAAGAAGAGCCCCAAUGGGAAGCUGAGGCUACUGUAUGAGUGCAACCCAAUGGCCUACGUCAUGGAGAAGGCCGGAGGGCUGGCCACGACGGGGAAGGAAGCCGUGUUGGACAUCGUUCCCACUGACAUCCACCAGAGGGCGCCAAUCAUCCUGGGGUCUCCUGAAGACGUGACUGAGUUCCUGGAGAUAUACAAGAAGCAUGCUACCAAAUGAAGAGGCUGGCCUUGCUCACCCCAAACAGAAUUGCUUUUUAUCUGGAACUUUUAGCUCACACAGUGUUACCCUGUUCUGACUGUGCAUCAAACAUUCCUAGAGAUAGAAAUAAAAAGGGUGGAUAUUUUCACGGUCAAA